AGCCAGCGACAUCACCGGCCUACGCGUGGGAGCAUCGUCACCGCGACCUUUGCCAUCGACUGCUGCGGUCUGGCCGUUCUCCUGCCUCGCUGUCGAUCUGCCCUUGUCGCCCUGCCCACCCCCCGUCGUCUCUUUCCUGCUCCCAGUCGCAGUCGUCCGUCCCUAGGGGCCCCAGUCGUCCAUCAUGCCCCCUCCACCCCAUAUCAAGCCCGAGAAUGUUCUCAAGAGGGCUCAAGAACUCAUCGCCGUGGGCCAGGCUCCCGCCGCCCUCAACGUCCUUCACGAGCAUGUCACCUCCAAACGCACCCGGAGCAGUCCCAUCUCCUCGCUUGAGCCCGUCAUGCUCCUCUUUGUCGAGCUGUGUGUCGACCUGCGCAAGGGAAAGUCUGCCAAGGAUGGCCUGUAUCAGUACAAGAACAUUGCUCAGAACACCAACGUCGGAACUAUCGAGAUGGUUCUGAAAAAAUUCAUCGAGCUCGCCGAACAGAAAGUCACCGAGGCCCAGGCCAAGGCCGAUCAGAUCCAGUCGUCGCUCGAGUCGGCCGCGCCCUCGUCCAACGUCGAGGAUCUGGAGGCCAUCGAGACCCCCGAGACCAUCCUGCUGGCCACCGUCUCCGGUGAGCAGUCGCGCGACCGCACCGACCGUGCCGUUGUCACCCCCUGGCUGAAGUUCCUGUGGGAGACCUACCGUACCGUCCUCGAGAUUCUCAAGAACAAUGCCCGCCUCGAGGUCAUGUAUCAGACCACCGCCCUGCAGGCCUUCCAGUUCUGCUUGAAGUACACUCGCAAGACCGAGUUCCGCCGCCUGUGCGAGCUGCUCCGCAACCACGUCCAGAAUGCCGCCAAGUACUCCGCCCAGAUGCACGCCAUCAACCUCAGCGACCCGGAUACCCUCCAGCGCCACCUCGACACCCGCUUCCAGCAGCUGAACGUCGCCGUCGAGCUGGAACUCUGGCAGGAGGCCUUCCGCAGCGUCGAGGACAUCCACACCCUCCUCAGCCUCAGCAAGCGGCCCGCCAAGAACGUCAUGAUGGCCAACUACUACGAGAAGCUGGCCCGCAUCUUCCUCGUCAGCGAGAACUACCUGUUCCACGCCGCCGCCUGGAACCGCUACUACAACCUCCUGCGCCAGUCCGCCGCCGCCAUCGCCACCGGCCAGAGCACCAAGAAGGAGAACCCCUCCGUCUCCGAGGCCGACAUGACCAAGGCCGCCUCCUUCGUCCUGCUCGCCGCCCUCUCCAUCCCCGUCAUCAGCACCUCCCGCUCCCGCGGCGUCCUGGUCGAUGUCGACGAGGUUCGCAAGAACAAGAACACCCGCCUGACCAACCUGCUGGGCAUGGCCCAACCCCCGACCCGUGCCGUCCUGUUCCGCGACGCCCUCAACAAGGGCCUGCUCAAGCGCGCCCGCCCGGAGAUCCGCGAGCUGUACAACAUCCUCGAGGUCGACUUCCACCCUCUCUCCAUCUGCAAGAAGAUCACCCCCAUCCUCAAGCAGAUCGGCGCCGACCCGGAGAUGGAGAAGUACGUCCUGCCCCUGCAGCAGGUCAUCCUCACCCGUCUCUUCCAGCAGCUGUCCCAGGUCUACGAGUCGGUCGAGCUCAAGUUCGUCUACGAGCUAGCCCAGUUCCCCGAUCCCUUCCAGAUCACCCCGGCCAUGAUCGAGAAGUUCAUCAUGAACGGCUGCAAGAAGGGCGACCUGGCCAUCCGCGUCAACCACACCGCCGGCGUGCUGACCUUUGACGCCGACGUCUUCUCCUCCGCCAAGGCGCUCCACCCGGGCAGUGCCGCCGGCUCCGCCGAGAGCGAGAUCGGCUCCGUCCAGCGUCUGCAGAACACCCCCGCCGAGAUCGCGCGCCUGCAGCUGACCCGUCUGGCCAAGACCCUGCACAUCACCUGCCUGUACGUCGACCCCUCGUACCACGAGGCUCGCGUCCAGGCCAAGCAGACCGCCCAGGCCCGCGCCCAGGCCGGGGCCGCCCAGGAACACGAGGAGACCCUGGCGCGCCGCGAGGCCAUCGACAAGAAGAAGGAAGCCGCCACCGACGCCCUGCAAAAGAAGCAGCGCGAGGAGGAGACCCGCAAGCGCAUCCGCACCCAGCAGCUGCAGGAGGCCGAGAAGCAGCGCCUGCUGGACGAGCAGCGCGAGCGGGAGAAGAAGCGCAUCAAGGAUGAACAGGACCGCAUCCGCCAACAGGAGCUGAAGAAGCAGCUGGAGGAGCUCAAGAGCGGCGUCAAGGGGAUCGACAUCAGCGAGAUCGACCUGGAGGAUCUGGACGCCAACCGGCUGCGCGCCAUCAAGCUGGCCCAGCUGGAGAAGGAGAAGAACGAGCUGAACGACCGGAUCCGCACGACCGCCAAGCGGAUCGACCACCUGGAGCGUGCCUUCCGCCGCGAGGAACUCAAGCACAUCCCCGCCGACUACGAGGCCCAGAAGAAGCGCGACAUGGAGCUGUACGAGGAGAGCAAGGCCGAGACGCUCAAGGAGGCCGAGGACAAGCACAAGGACGCCGUCGCCCUCAAGCACCGCCUCAGCCGCCUGGUGCCCCACUUCAACAGCUUCCGCAAGGAACUCUCCGAGAAGCGCCACGAGGAGUUCGAGAAGCGCCGCAAGGCCGCUGAGCGGGACUUUGAGGCCAAGAAGAAGCAGCGCGUCAAGGAGGUCGAGGAGCGCAGACGCCGCGAAAAGGCCGAGCGCGAGGCAGAGGAGAAGCGCCGUCUCGAGGAAGAGGAGCGUGCUCGUCGCGACGAGGAAGAACGCACCGCCCGUGACGAGGAACGCCGUCGCCAGAUGGCCGAAGAGAAGGCCAAGCGUGAAGAAGAGAGAAAGAAACUGGAUGAACUCGCCCAGAAGCAGAAACAGCGCGAGGAAGAAGCCGAAGCCCGCCGUGCUGCCCGCAAGAUCGGCGGCGAGCCCCCCCUGCGCCCCGAACCCUCGGCGCCCUCCACCGAACGUACUGCUCCCCGUCUCAACCUUGCUCCCCGCACAGGAGGCGCCGGUACCAGCUGGAGAGAGCGCCAGGCCGCCAAGGAGGCUGCUGGCACCAGUGGCACCCCCGAAGCUGCUGCCCCAGCAUCCCGCGAGGAAUCCACUCCUGCCCCUGCUGCUGCUGCUGCUGCUGCUGCUGCCCCUGUUGCUGCUGCCCCUGUUGCUGCUGCUCCUGCUUCUGCUGCUGCUCCUGCUCCUGCUCCUGCUCGCAAGACCGGCGGCUACGUGCCUCCUCACCUGCGUGCGGGUGCUGGUGGUGCUGCCGGCAGUGCCGGUGCUGCCCCAGAGCGCUACGUGCCCCGUGCUGCUCGCGAGCCUCCCUCUCGCGCCCCGGCGCCUGCAGCAGACAAGGCCGACGAGCCCAAGCCCGCUGCCCAGAAGUGGGUGCCUCGUUUCAGACAGCAGUAAAAAGUUCUCCGUCGGUAGUGUGCUCGGGGGAACUGCUUGCAAGAAAGAAACAAAAAACAACAACAAGCAGCAAGUCCAAACCGUUUUCUCGGAUCUACACUUUAUACGAGGUUCCUUUUCUUCUUCUUCCUCUUCUUCUUCUUCUUCUUCUCUACUUUCCUUUUCUGUCUUGCUUUUCCUUAGGGUUUCCAUCUCUGUCU